AUGAUUGACGAAAGCCUGCCUACCUUCUUCCUAAAGAACGACUCAAAGACUCCUCAGCAAAAUACCAUAUAUCAUCGUCAACAUGGAAAUGACCCCGAACCUGCAUAUACUCUCCGCGCCCUGGACCCCGCCGCCCCUGCAUCACAAAACCGUUAUGGCGUCGCCCUUUGCGACCCCUACGUGCCCGAGGUCGUCUUUGGGGAGGUCGCUGUAAUUCCAGAAUGGACACAGCCAAGCUUGUCCGCAGACACCAUUCGGGCCAAUGGUGGUGCACCCCCUCCGCCUGAACCUAUCCUCCCCGUCGAAUUCACCAUCCAACUUUAUAAUCCCGACCAGACCAUCACCGUGAAACACCAACCCAAGUCCUGGAACAAACCCGCUCGAUGGGAAUUCGAGAUGCCCCAGCGUACUUUCCGAUUCCCUUCUGCCUCGACCCUUGACCGAACUCAGAGCGACCCAGCCGCGGCAGAUGUGACACCAAAGCUGCGAUUCAGUUGGCGCAAGGAUGGAAAACUUUCAAAGGAUCUCACGUGUCUGCUGCAUGGCAAGUCCUCGACCAUUCCAGACACACAGAAGAAGAGCCGGGAGCCCGAUAUUACCGUCGCACUUUUCCAAGGUCUGCGUGAGCUCACACUCUACGAACCGAAUCUCUACCGUGUGGAAAUGGAGGAUUUCAAAGGCUUGGAAGUUGUUCUAUUACUUGCCGCAGUGGCUAUUCGGGAUAUAUUCUUUGGCCCUGCUAAGGAAGCAUUCCAUAUUACAGCUGGCGGACCGACAAUGACCAACGGCAGGCCACAACCCGUUGCUACUCCUGCCCCUGCAGGCAGGAAGAGCCCGAAGGUUCAAGCUGUCGGCGCAGUACCCACAGGACCACCACCACGGAGCUCGACAGGGCCGCCACCACGAAGCUCGACCUUCAAUGCAAUGUCACCACAAUCACCCGGCCCACAAGCCCGAAAGCGACAAGACGAGCUCGCGCAAGCAGAAUCCCGCCGAACCCAAGACCUCCUCGCCGCAGAGAAACGGGCGCAAGAGAAAUCCCGACAAAAGCGCCAAGCCGAAGUCGACAAGGAAACAAAACGGCUACAAAAGCUCUACGGACAGGAAGAGCACCAAGCCCGACUUCAGCCAGCUCCCUCUUCCCGACCAAAUCUCCCCCCGCGACACAGCGGUCCUUCUCGCCCAUAUUCUCACCACCCCUCUCAAUCUUACUCCUACCUACCUCAACAAGAGCCCGCCUGGCGGCAGCAGCAGCAGCAGCAGCCUCCUCGCUACCACCGACCACAACAGUCGCAAGGCGCACCCGUCCCCACAUUCGCUAAUGGCCCGUAUAUGCAAGCGCCUGGUGGCCGAGACCCGCGGAUCCAAUCAUCCGUACACAUCGCCCAACCCCGGCCUCAAGUCCGGCCCCAGUCGACAGUCGGUUUCUACCCGACCGCGACCGCUACCGCGACGAGCAGCGGGGCCUUGCAGACUGGGCCACAGCCUGCCCAGCAGCUCCAGCCUAAGAAAAGCAGUUUCUUCGGAUUCCGGCGCAACAAGGAAGAAGGUGACAGGACGCGCCUGGAUAAAAAGCGGAGUUCGAUGUUCUGA